GGAGGAUUCACACAAACCCCAGUAACUCCAGCCUGGGCUUCCAGCUCACAGUCGCCUUCUCGCUCUUUCCCUCUUCAGUCACCGGAGUGGCGGCAGUCCGAUUUAAAUGCGACAGAUGGGUGAUUUCGAAGUGAUUUCAGGGUGAUUUCAGGGUGAUUUCCGCGGGGGGCGCCGGCGGAUCUGCGGCUGGAAGGACUCGGUGCCGGAGCGCAGCGGAGCGGCGCGGCGCGGCGCACAGGAGGAGACGGAGCCGCUCGUUCGCGGGAAGGAGGCGGAUCAAAGGCUCGGCGGAUGACUGAUGACUGACUGCCUACUGCUGACUGAGGACCGAUGACUGACUCCCUCACGGCUCUGCGAAGCUUCGCCUGCACGGGUUCGGGCUGCGCGCGCCGCCCGUGAUGCCCGUUUACAUCAUCGACCGAAAAGUGCCCGACGCACCAGGUGAGUAUUUGCAGGCGACGGCCGCGCUCGAGGAACAGCUGGUCAUGACGGACAACCUCACGCCGAAGGCUGCCAAAAAGGUGCGAUGGACAUCGCUGGAGAUAAGCCUCAUCACGAUAGUGUCCCUCCUCUUCAUCGCCCUGGUGGCUCUCACCGUGCUGUUCGUCACCCAUCGCCAAGAUGGCGUGUGCACGACGGCCGACUGCACCCGCUCAGCAUCGCGCCUCCUGGAAAACAUGGACCCCACUGUGGACCCCUGUGAGAACUUCUACCAGUACGCUUGUGGGGGGUGGCUCAAGAGGAACAUCAUCCCGGAGACGAGUGCACGUCACAGCACCUUCGACAUCCUGCGAGACGAAUUGGAGGUCGUCCUCAAAGGUGUGCUGGAAGGACCUGCGGGGGGGGGCAGCGACGCGCUGACGAAGGCCCGGACACUCUUCAAGUCCUGCACCGACGAAAGCAACGUCGAGAGCAGGGGGGGCAGGCCGCUGCUCGGCAUGCUGGGAGACAUCUUGGAGUGGCCCGUCGCCACGGACUCGUGGGACGACAGCUACGGUGCGAACUGGACGCUGGAGAGCGCCAUCGCCAGGCUCAACGAGAAGUACAGAAUGCAAGUUCUCAUUAACUUCUUCGUCGGAACCGACGACAGGGACUCCAACGCCUACAUCAUCCACUUUGACCAGCCGUCGCUCGGCCUCUCUUCCCGGGACUACUACGUGUGCACAGGCCAGUAUGAACAGGCCUGCAGAGCGUACAUGCAGUUCAUGGUGAACGUGGUGACGCUGAUCCGCAGCGACCGCCAGCUGAGCGUCAACAAGACCCUCAUCAAGAAGGAGCUCGACACCGUCUUCUGGCUGGAGACGGACAUUGCCAACGCGACGGAUUCACCGAACGAGCGAAACAAUCCUGUUCUCCUCUACAACAAAAUGUCGCUGGGUGAUCUGAGCUCCAACUUCUCCUUGACCGUCGACUCCAGAGAGUUCAACUGGACUCAGUUCACCAACUACAUUCUGAACACGGUGAACAUCACGGUAAGCGACGACGAAGACGUCAUCGUGUACGCGCCCAACUACUUAAGCCGGCUCAGCCUGGUCCUCGCAAAUUACACGGCGAGGGACAUACAGAAUUAUAUCGCAUGGAGGUUUGUGAUGAACCUAGUGGGUGGUCUCAGCAAGGCCUACAGAGACACGAGGAAAGUUUUCCGCAAGGCCCUUUACGGAACGACGUCAGAAGAAGCGCUGUGGCGCCAGUGUGCCAACUACGUAAACAACAACAUGGAGAAUGCGGUGGGUCGUCUGUACGUGGAGGAGGCCUUCAACGGGGAGAGCAAACACAUGAUGGAUGAGAUGAUUGCUGAAAUCAGGGAGGUCUUUGUGAGGAACCUCGAUGACUUGCCCUGGAUGGACGAGGAGACCAAGAAGGCAGCGGAGGAGAAGGCCAGGGCCAUCCGGGAGCGAAUCGGCUACUCAAGGAACAUCCUGAGUGACGAAUACCUGAACGAAGAGUACAGAGAUUUGAACUACAGUGCAGAGGAAUAUUUUGAGAACAUUCUGAAAAACUUAGAGUUUAUUCAGAAGAAACGACUGAAGAAGCUCAGAGCCAAAGUGAACAAAGAAGAGUGGAUCACAGGUGCAGCCAUCGUCAAUGCCUUCUACUCUUCCAGCAGGAACCAGAUCGUGUUCCCCGCUGGAAUCCUUCAACCUCCGUUCUUUGGCAAAGGUCAAGCUAUGUCUUUGAACUACGGCGGGAUCGGUAUGGUCAUCGGCCACGAAAUCACACACGGUUUCGACGACAACGGCAGAAACUUCGACAAGGAUGGAGACUUGAAGGACUGGUGGACUCCAGGAUCAUCUCGGCGUUUCCAGGAGCUUGCCAAAUGCAUGGUUCAGCAGUAUGGCAACUUCUCGUGGGACCUGGCCAACGGCCAAAACCUGAGUGGGAAUAAUACCCUGGGAGAGAACAUUGCCGACAAUGGUGGGAUCCGACAGUCAUAUCAGGCUUACCUGAACUAUAUGAACAAGCAUGGACCCGAGAAACCUCUGCCGGGCAUCGACCUCAACCACAAGCAGCUAUUCUUUCUCAACUUCGCCCAGGUGUGGUGUGGAACUCACAGGCCAGAGCAUGCGGUCAACUCCAUCAAGACAGACGCCCACAGUCCAGGGAAGUUCAGGGUUCUGGGAUCACUGCAAAAUUUCCCAGAGUUUGCCAGAGUCUUUAAGUGCCAGAGGACCUCCUUCAUGGUACCUGAGAAGACAUGCCACGUGUGGUGAUGAACACACGUGAGGGGCAACGUUUCUCAUCUGUCUACUGACUGUCGGGCCGUGACAGCAGGGAAGGCGCUGGUCCAGUGUCCCCCUGUGCAGGUUACAGCAGGGCUCCGUCUCGCUGACCUUCUGCAGGAGUGCUGUCUACCAACAGGGGGCGAUAUUUCAGACAGUUUUCCGACAUUUAAUUGAACAAAUUUUAUGAUAUUUCUGCGCACACACCUGUGCAAAAGCAGAUCCUAGUGUAUUAAAAGGCUUUUGCAUUUAGCUAAAGGGGUUUUCUCAAAAAUACAUCAUACAUCAUAUUUAUCUUACAAGCAUAAAUGAUUGAUCAGUUCACAGAGACAAAAAAAAACAAACACCAGGUUGCGCAAGGAUUUGCACGGGGUCCCUCAGGAGUCCUUACUGUGCGCACACAUCUCUAGGUCUCUCAAUUCUAUAUUUGUUUUAUUCUUCCCAUUCAAAUCAUUGGAAUGUGUAAUUAUAUCUUCAGCCUUCCUCUGUAUUUAUGAAACAAAAUUUAUUUUACUGAGCAUAAAUGACUUUUGGUAAUUAGUAUCCCAUACACACAAUCUAUUUUGCAGACAUAUGUAACCGUACUGUACACGUGGUUCCGUCUGGAGUCACACACCCACUGACACACUCCUCUCACAGUGGUCUGCUGUCAAUGGGCCCUACAUCACUACUCGAAGGUCUUGCAUCUCACUUCACUGCUUAGCUGUCGCUCUGUGUGUGUGUGCGCGCGAGUGUGUGCGUGUGUGUGUGGUGGGGGGUACCUCUGUAUCUGCGCAAUUUCACACGUGUAUGUAUGUGUGCUUCUUUUUUUCUAAGAAUAAACUGGAAAGCCUUAUGACCUGCAUUCCCGAAAUGGGUUCGAGACAUUUUCCCACUCAAUGUAUAUGUUUCAUAUGUAUCGUUUUAUGCAUAUUUACCCACUUAAUCCCAUUUAUCUGCCCACAUACCUGAGAGUAAAAGUCCUCCCCAAAGAAGUGUGUUUCCCUGACAGGUCUCUGCGACAGCGCGGUGUGUAUUUUCCUCCACGCUUUUUUCUAUGGGAAAAAAAGGUUCUGGACAUGAAAGCUGGAUCAGCAUUGUGACGCCGAGGCCAAAUCUCUCUGCUGUUGUCUUUUGUGCCAGUGGUUUAUUAUCAUUGUUUUAUUAAUUUUUUACUCUACCUUACUGCAGUUUUGUACCUGAUCCUCCCUGGCAUCUCCUCAUCGCUGCUGCCUUUUUCCCUUCGGUUGCCCCUCCCUGAAAUCUUCUGGUAGAGCGACAGACAAAUAUAUACCUCAGAAGUCUGAUUUGCAUAUUUUGUAAUAAGCAUCUUACAAAAAUUGUUUAAUAAAUUCUAAA